AUGCAAUUGGAUGAAAUAUUUCGUAGACAUCGAAAGACCGAGUCGAAAGCAACUCUUAUGUGUCGUAAAUUUAUCAUAAUCAUAAUUAUUGCUCUAUUGGUUGCAUAUACAGUUUUUCUUAUAAUUAAUAUACGCAAUAACGUUACGAUACUGAAAACACAGUCAAGAACGGAGAGCAGUCUUAGACUUCCAUCAGUAUCAUUAACGUUUGAGCACAACUUCAAUAUUGCCUGUACGUUGGCCUAUAAUAAUAGAACAAACGCACCAAUUCCAGAUUGCCCCCAGCCUACCUUAGAUAAAAAUUCUGGAAAGUACAAUACGACGGUUAUUCCUCCACCUGAUUUAAAAGUGGUUUCAAGAAAUGGGGGUUCACUCGGGAUAUCAUAUGCUGUAAAUAAUAAUCAAACAUACAAUAGCAGCAGCGGCAUAAGUUUUUUUAGAGCAGUCAUAGAAUAUACGGAUGAUUCAUAUGAUCAACUUCGUAGUACAGUCAGCAAGAGCGACCCAGAACUCUUCAAUUCUCUAAUGAUGUCUACUCUUCGUAUACCUUACGUUACUGCUGAGUUAGAGGGUGGACCAAUACCUGCUGAUAUUUCUGGAUAUGGAUAUAUGUUGAUUAAACCUCAGAACUUCCUUGUUAAGGUUGAGAUCGAGCAAAGAUCAAACACGGUUCUCAGUGCAUUCGGUUUGCUUGGUGGUAUAUGGAGCAUAGCUGUGGGAGUGUAUGCCUUCCUAUUAGGAGGAGACACGAUACGUCCAUGGGGUUGUGUCCAGUUUUAUUGCUGUUGUUUCAUUCGAUCAACACGUUCAAAGCUACAUAAAUCAUUCAAACCAGUCGUUCCGUUUCAAUCCUUUAAAGAAUCCUCCGAAGAAUCGCCAGAUUCAUCAUUCCAAUCAGAAAAGACAACAGAAUCAACAGAAUUAACAGAAUUGCAAAACCGAUUAAACUCAUUGGAACAGUUUAUGCAAGACUAUGUAGUCGAUAUAGCAUAUUUAGAUGGGUUGAAUGAAUGUCCAGAUAAAAUAAGCGCUUGGCUGUCACGUUUAAACUUGAAGAAAGUGAGCAGACUAAACGGAGCGUCUGGUGGUGGGAACGGAAAUGAAGCCAACAGAUUUAGUACAAAAACAACGCCGGAAAUACCAAUCCAAACCGUAGCAAGUUUGCCUAUUCCGUCCACGUCUAUACCUGAAGCCUAUUCGGGAUCUUCACGUUCAGAUUCUUAUUAUUCUUCCCGACCCAACACAUACGCACCGGAGAGACAGGCUUUUCAGGUCGAAUCACAACCAGCUCAACAAGGAUAUGACCAAUAUUUGGCUCAACCAAUGCCUGAAUUCGAUCAAAGUCAUACAAUGGUGAAUGUGGAUACAGAUGAUAAUGACCUUCGACCAACGUCGUCUGUUUAUACGGCACCGCAGUUAUAUGCUGAUCAAGAAAGAUAA